CACACACACACACACUACUCUGGGCCAAGCAUUGUUCGAUCACUAUCAGUUCAAACCAAAAAGGUGGGUGAUGAGUGAGCAUCCUGAUUGGCCAUGAUGGAACUUAUUCAAACAUUCCUUUAAUUAUCCAUUAAUCCAGAUUUUAGCUUAUCCUGAGGGAUCCCCAGACCAACUAGGAGAUAGGACCUCCUGGAGGGAUUAUAAGAAUCUCUCCGGGUCUCUGUACAUCGACAUGACAUGGUGAAAAUAAAUGGAACUAAAUUCCCCAGGAAAACUACUUAAGCCCCAAACCUGGUCUCUUUUAACAGAGAAUUCUCAUGAAAAUAAUUCAGAAUAUACAUUGUGAUCAGCACAUGGCACAAAAUACAUAAAAAUAUCUGUUACUGACCAGCUCCAUGUCAGACUGAAUAAAAGUCUAAGAAAUCCUACAAGGCUUCUAGUAAACCAAGAUUGCUCUACAAGUUUUCCUAACCUUGAUAGAUCUACUGCAUUCAAACAGAGAUUAAAACCAGUAAAAAAAACACCCCCCUAAACUCCAACUCGGGGAAUUCGGGAUGAUCUUUACAACUUCUUCACUGUUCGGAAAGUGACAUCAAAUUAAAAUGAAAAAACCAUCCAGAACGAAAAAAGUGUCCUAAAAUUCUUAGUACAUGAGCGACCAGAACAGCCAGCACCAUGUUGGUCGUGCCUUCGUCAUGUUCAUGAACACUUCUCAGUUGGUCCGCAACUCUAGCUUGUUAAUAAGUUUAAUAAGUGACAUGUUUGACCAUGUUUUCCUGUUAAAGUCCAUCACGACACUGGGACCCAAUCCAACAAUGACAAUGAUUUCAACACAGUCUUCUUUUGUCAAAGGCCUUCUUAAAUAAAAGCUCUGUAAAUAUAUAUUGUAUGUAUAUAUGGAGACUUGUGGGACACUCUGUAUAACAGACAAUCAUUUGCUGGAGGAAAUUAUACACCACUCAUUAGUAAGCUAGCUAGCGUAUUGCUUAAAAAAAAAAAAAAAACAAAGAAAAAGGUUUGUCCCCAUUUUCCAUUCCUGCUCAAAAUGCUUAAAUUAAUGGAGUGAGACUGAAGGAAGACACACAAUGCUGUUAUUCUAAAUAUUGACUUUAGGGGUGCCAAAAUAUACAGAAAUCCUAAGAGGUCAUGCAUUAUAAUAUUUCUUCAAGUCUUGUUUUCUCAUUUAAAAACAUUGAUCUUUCUCUGGUUAAGUCGAUGCUUUGUUGAUUUGGAUGAAUGCUUUGGGUUAUUGUUGUGAAAAGUGAAGUUCUUUUAAAUUUGUAGUUUACCUGAAUCUUUUGCACUAAAAUCACCUGCUAUCGUGUAUUUGUGAUUCCCUUCAGCAUUAUAAAAACCCUGGAGCCAUAAAGCAUCAUGGUGCUACCACAAGGCUUCAUUGUUUUAGAGAGGUGUCUUAUUUCUUUUUUUUAAUAUAGCAAAAUGAAACAAAUGAAAUCUGGACAUUUUAACAGUGGAAUGUGGACCUUCUAUAUCCAUUUUUUUCCCCAAUAUGUUUGUUUUGUCGGGAUCACGAGAAAAUUAAGUUGUGAUCAGUAGAGAACAAGAAAGAACAGAAAUUCUGGAUUGUAAAUUCAGUUACAGUUUAGCUGCAGAUCACUGACAAACACCUGAUUCUGAUCGUAGAUGUUGCUUCAAAACGAGGCAUUGCAAAAUCUUUGUAGGUUAUGUACAGGAAACAGAAUUGAGUAGUUCCUCUUCAACUCUUUCGUUCUUUUAUCACGUGACUCGCAUAGACGCUACACAAUGCAAUAGAUCAGGGUUUUUUUUUCCCCGAAUCUUGACAUUAUUGUUAGAAGAUUUAUGGGAAUCAGGUGACAAAAGAACUAACGACUCAGACCAGCGGAUAUGAGAGGACGGUGUAUGAGUUCAGCAGCAGCAGCAGCGACAGUUGUGGUGGUGGAGGAGAACGAGGAGGUGCUGGUGAGGCUUUGAGCCAUGGACCCUGAGCUGGAGGAGUCAAUUGCUUCAAUGGAGAGCUCAUGGACUCUUCUUUCAUGGCUAGCCUCGUGUGUGAUGGUGUUUGGGGGUGCGGUGCCGUACAUCCCUCAAUACCAGGAGAUCCAGAAGACCAGCAACACCGAGGGCUUCUCUACUCGCGUGUGCCUUGUUCUGCUCAUCGCUAACAUACUGCGCAUCUUCUUCUGGGUCGGGAAGCAGUUCGAGUUGACUCUGCUUGUGCAGAGUGUGGUGAUGAUUCUAACCAUGCUGGCUAUGCUACAUUUGUGCUGCACAGUCCAGAUUAGCAACCGUGUGAGCACCAAACAGCACAGAAUCACAGACCUGGACGUGCGGUAUUUUUGGAAAUGGAGCGCAUUUGAGGAUUACUUGCUGUUCUGUUUCGGCUUCACGAUGCUGUGUGCCUUCUUCACACUCCUCUUCCUCGACUGGGUGGUGUUCGUGGAGUCUCUAGGCUCACUGGCCCUGCUGUUCGAGGCCAUGCUGGGUCUGCCUCAGCUACUACAAAACUACAAUAACGGCUCCACUCGAGGCAUGAGCAUUAAGAUGGUCCUCCUGUGGACCGCCGGUGACCUUUUCAAGACUACGUACUUUGUGAUUAACGAAAGCCCUGCCCAGUUCUGGGUGUGUGGGAUGACCCAGAUUUUGAUCGACAUCGCCAUUCUGGUGCAGGUUGGCUACUACGGUCUGGACUCCAGAGCUAAAGUUGGAUGACUUCUCCAGGAAUCGGUCUCCAUUUCUCAAACAAGGGCUCCUUACUUACGUGCAUGUGCAUUUCUUUUAUUGUCUUUAGUUUAAAGCUUAUUUAAAUGUCCGUGUCAGGGUUUUCAGGGUUUUGUUUUUUGUACAUUAUUUAUAUUCUUUUUGUUACAUUGCUGAUGCUGUAUGUUGUUUAAUUCAAAGAAAAUGUAUCUUCUCAUAGGUUUGCUUAGGUUUUAUCAUAUUUGUUGAAUAUAUCUGUUAUGUCUUUGCUUUGAGAUGUGUUACUGAGCUUGGCAAACCUUGAGAAGAGCCCCAAGUUUUUUUUUUUGUUGUUGUUUUUUUUGUCGUUUCUUUCUGUCUUUUUUCUGUCUUCUAUGCUUUUUUAUGCGAGCUGGCAGGAAGCUCCAGAGAGAGUGUGCCAAAUUCAUCUGCAAAUCUGCACUGUUUGAUUUACACUUUGGACCUUUCCACCGCCAGAACCGUCCCGUUCGCUUACCAUCCUGAAAUCAUUUGCUACAUCUGCACCUUUUUCUAUGUAAGCGAGGAAAAAGACAUUUCGCAAAAUGGUCUGUAUCAUUUAAUACACUUCAGACUCUGGGAUAACACUGUUACAGCUGAAAGAACAGCGAGUGUUUUCACUGAAUCUGUACGAAAUUCAUUUCAUUUCUACAUGAAGAAUUCUUUAUAAAAAAAAAAAAAAAAAGCUCACAGUCUUUUCACCUCAGUAUAGUUCCACACUUUAAUGAAGCCAUGGCACCUGAAAUCUACUUAUUUUUAAAUUAUAGAAUAUUAGGCGUACACUCAUGGAAGAAAAGAAAUGAGAAUAAAGAAGGUUUUAUAUCUUUGGAAAAUCUAUAAAGGUUCCAGUACAUUUGUGCAACUGAGAUUUUCUUAUCAGAGGUUUAGGAAAUGGAUUUUUGUAUUCGAGGUGCUGACAUUUACAUCAUUGUUACACCAGUAUGCGAGACAUGUAUAAAACUGAAGGAGAAAGGAUGCAGGAAGUAAAAAAUUAGUGUAUUGGGUUUUUACUUAGGUGAACCUUGACUUGCGAGUUCACAAACAAUACCAGAUAGGUAGGAAUAGCAUGUCUCGCACAUUUACAUACAUUUGUUGUAAAAUUUAGCUUUUUUUUGAAGCUGGCAAGUAUCUUGAUAUUAGCAGCAUUACACCUUAUUUAUAAAGAAGAAAUUAUUUAUUUGCGAAAGAUUCCUUCAUGCACUCCCCCCCACAAACUUCAUGUAGUAAAAUUGUUUUUUGUAAUUAAUAUAAUAUAUAUAAUAAUAUAUAAUAUAUAUAUAUAUAUAUAUAUAUAUAUAUAUAUAUAUAUAUAUAUAUAUAUAUAUAUAUAUAUAUAUAUAUAUAAAAUCAAAACCAACAUACAAAACAAAAGCUCCCCAUUAAGCUACAUUACAUAGACAAAAGUUGUGGGACGCCUGACUUUUCCAGCCAUAUGUGGUUCUUCCUCAAACUGUUACCAUAAAGUUGGAGGCACACAAUUGUAAAGGACAUCUUUGGAUGUGGCAUCUUAAAAUAUUCUCUUCACUUGAAGACUAAAACCUAUUCCAGUAUGAAUGUCCAUUUGCACAAAGCAAGCUUUAGGAAGAUAUGCCUUACAUAGGUUAGAGUGGAAGAACAUUUUGAUGGCCUGCUAUAGAGCUUUUACCUCAACCCUGCUGAACACUGUUGGGAUGCAUUAGAACGCUGACUGGAGGAUGGAGGUUAUUAUAACAGCAAAAGGGGGGACUAUAUGUGUCAUUUGUUAUUCAAAAAGCACAUGUGAAACUUAUGGUCAGGUAUCCACAAACCUGUUUUUUACUGUGUUUUACCUUGAACCUGUUUUUUCCUGAUUAAUUAUUGAUGUUUUUGCUGUUAUCAGUUACUUAUAGUGGUUUAUUGAUAAAUAUAUAUAAAAUAAAUCCCUGUAUUUUAGAAGAAACUGUGUUAAACCCCAUGCACACAUUAGCUUUUGUUUUGGCUCUAAUAGUAAAAAUUAUGCUGAACUAGAUAAGGAUUAUCUUCAGCAUUAUCCAUUUCUGGUACAUUAGCUCCCCAAUACAUUGCUGUAUUCCUGUCAUAGAUAAUAGCAUAAACACUGCAUCCUCGUCACCGGACUGAUGCCUUGCUCUUGUUUUAUUGACGCAGUAAUCUGAGACUCUUAUUUGUUGGUUAUAAAUUAGGGAAACCGGUGUGAGUGUUGAAAUGCGGUCUGUGAUGAGACUUCCAUCAGGAAGUCGUUCCACACCAUUAAGCAACACGCCAGUGCUGUAAGUGAGACAUUAUUGAUCGUUGACCCUAGAAUUCGGAAUCCUGCCCCAGUGCCUAACAGCUGCAGGGUAUUUCUGCGUGAUUCCAAUAAGCCCUUAGAUUUCACCCUAACGGCUCACUGUUUACAAAAAGGAAUGUGUUAGAUCUCAGUGGGUUUUCUAACACGUAGUGUGAUUACAGUGUAAUGAGGAUGUAAUGUGUGUAUGUAUGUAUGUAUGUAUAUAUAUACACACACACACACAUUACAUCCUCAUUAAACUUCAAAUGUUUCUUAUAUGCAUUAGGUUUAUUAGCUGUGUACUUACACUAUGAGGUUAAAAGUAAGCGAACACCUUAUUAUGGCACUCGUUGUUUAACAUCCCAUCCCAGACUUAGUCCUCCCUUUUCUGCUCUCAUAAACUUCACUCUUCUGAGAAGGCUUUGCUCUAGAUUUUGUGGCAUUGGGGAUUCGUGCUCGUUCAAAAACAGGAGCUCGAGUAAAGGUGAUCAUUGAUGUCAACCAUCCACAUGGUGUUCAGUGUGGAUAGAGUCAGGAUUUUCAAGAUUAUUUUAAUUCAACCUUGGCGAACCAUGUCUUCAUAAAGCUUUGUGCAAAGGCUCAUGCAUUGUGAUGCCGGCGCAAGUUUAGGCCUCUUGGUUUUAAAGGGAAAUUUAAAUGCUACAGAAUACAAUGGCAAUAGUACAAUUGUGUGAUAAGAGUUUGGGGAACAAGUACAUACAGGUGUAAUGGUCAGAUCUAUACCAUCCUUUGUCCAUAUAGUUUAAAUGCUGUAUAUCGGUUGACUGAUAUAUAUUAUAUAUAUCAAUAUCACCAAGCUGCCACUCUUGGGCUCUUGAUCGAGGCGUUUAACCCUCUGUGCUCCGGGGUGCUGUAUUGUGGCUGACGCUUUGCUCUGACCCCAGCUUCUUAACAUUGCUUGGAUUAUGCAAAAAAUUAUUUUCAUUGUACUGUAAUGUACAUGUGACAUGUAUGUUAACUCUUCAAUCUUGAAAAGUUUUUAGGAAGGAUAGUAAGACAUGUGCGAGGGUGUGUGUAUUAGUUAGCACGAUGAUGAUCUUUACUUCCUCUAAUUUAUCUCUAUCAUAGUGACAUAGCAGCUGUUCUGUCCCUGAUACAGAUCCACAGCUGUACAUCUGUUCAAACCCAGCUGAACCCGUUAUCAUUGUGCUAUUUUAAAAGGUGUUACCAGUGUUUAUUAUUUUUCCCGUCACGUUUCACUCGCUCACUCACAGCAUUUUGCUUUCUGUAUCCCAGCGCUCUUGUAUGACAUACAUCCUUAUAAUACACAUAGAGCACAAUGCAAAGCUUUUAGGAGCAUCUAGUAACCAAAGAGAGUCUUUUGUCAUGUCCAGUACAUGCGUGUGUAUUGUACAUGUGUAGUGUUUGCAUGACUGGUGAAUGACUUAGUUUUUCAUUUUUCUAGUGUGCUCUUGUGAAUGAGUUUCUGAUGAGCAUGGUCAAUUAUGUGUAUAAUGGAGUGCAAUUAUGGCUGUUUAUUUAUGAUGCCUUAAUAUUUGACUCUUGUCACACACAAGCUUUAGGCAAGUCUGCACUCCAAAACAUACACACACAAAAAAACUUCCUGAAUUUGUGUGCGAAUAUUGGGAUGAUGUUUAGGUCAAACGAACGCAUCAAUUCAGGAGUUGUGCAGAUUUCUCCACGUUGUCGCUCCCACUCAGCCGAUUGUUACUGAAAUCCAGUGAGUGAAGUGUUUUUUAUAGAGGGCAUUUAUUAAAGAAAUGAAAGAAUGCAA